AUGAGUUUCCGCCUCCUGAAAUUGGUGUUGAAAGUGGGGCAUUUUUUCGCCAUAACCCCCAGUUUUAAAAAAAGUCGAAUCCCGACUUGUCCCGAAAAAAUUUACGCGUAUUGUGUGGUCGCAUUUCUCACUCUUGGAGUGGCAAUAUCGAUGUUUUAUAGAGCAAAAGAUUAUGCAAAAUUUAUUCACAUAAAAGCAGUAGUUCAAAUCACACUUGAUUUCACACUAUUUGUGCAAAACAUAUACACGGUUCUAACAGCUCUGAAAAAAAAAUCGCUGUGGUGGUUGUUAUUAAAGAAGCUGAAAAUCGUGCAAAACCACAAUAAUAUUGAAGAAAAACCGCAAUAUUGCCUUUUUGUGGCCUCAAACUGUUUCUUUUGGAUCUACCAAAGCUACAUGAGCUACAUUUUUGCGAGUUUACAAGGCGAUGAGUUUUUCAAACAGUUUGCUAUUGAGUAUUUCCAAAUGUAUGUGCUUUUUUUCGUAAAUUUUUCGUUUUUUGUUGUCGUGAAAAUGCUACUGGUGAGGUAUCAAGCUCUCUCGCGACAUCUCCGACUGAACUUACAUUUUUUGGAAAAACCUGAAAAUCGAAGAGUGGGAUACAGCCUCGCCCAUUUGGACAAAAUCCAGUACGAUUUUUGCUUGUUGAAAGAAGCGGUGGAUCUGGCAAAUAAUAUUUUUGGAUGGCAAAUUUUAUUCCUCAUCACUUAUGCCACGCUACAAAUUUUGGUCUAUCUCCACCUGAUAGUAAUGCUGGGAUUUAAAGACAUCUACAUGAUUAUCUACAUCGUUGUAGUGAUUUUUUGGCACACUGUCAACGCCUCGACCAAUGUCUUUCUCUGCGAUGAGAUUUGCAACGAGGGACGAACGAUUUUGGGCAUGAGCUACAGUCUGGAGAAAUAUUUUUUGAAUAGGAGUUGCAAAAACGUGGCGCAAAUCCAGGAGUUGACAUCGACGAUAAAAGAUAAUUUUCCGCGAUUUUACGCCGCUAGAUUUUUUGUUAUAAGCCGAGGAACGAUUUUGGGCAUUCUUGACGCCAUUGUGACCUUCCUAAUCGUCAUGAUUCAGUUUGAAAUGACACGCAAUUCUACAAACAUCAAUUUGUAA